AUGUCUUCCUUUGUUUGCAUCAGGCAGUCUUUUGCUGCUUUCAAGAUUUUAUUCUUUUUGGUUUUUCUUACCCAUCUUUCUUUCUUUAUCAUUCUGAUUUUAAUCCAUUUUUUGUUUCUUUCAUUCACUUCACGUGUAAUAAUUUCUUUCUUUCUAUCUUUUCCUUUCUGCCAUUCUUUUAUUGAUUCAUACGUUUAUUUCUUUUUUCUUUUUAGUUUGUUCUUUUCCUUCGUGUUGCUUUUCUUCAUUGUCCGCCUCUUUCGUUAUUUCGUAGACGUCAUUGUCCGUCGCUUUCUUCUUUACUUCUUUUUUAUUAUUUUUUUCAUUCUUUCUUUCUUUCUUUCUUUCUUUCAACCAUAUCACUUCUACCUCCCACUAUCUUUUCGUUGCACUACUCUUUAUUUACUGAAACUCUCUCGUGGACACAAACGUUUCUCUUCGUCCUUACCACUUCUUUCUGUUGUAUCUCCUGAGUUCAUGCUUAGGUUUUCCCUUAUUUUAUCUCUGUUGUUUUCUACAUCAUGCAUUUAUCUAUCUAAAUCGGUCUGUCCGUAUCUAUCUAUCUAUAUAUCUAUCUAUCUGAAUCUGUCUGCCCGUAUCUAUCUAUCUAUCUAUCUAUCUAUCUAUCUAUCUAUCUAUCUAUAUGUUAUGCGUCGUGUAAUCAUUUAUUUGUUUGGUUCACUUAUUACAUUGUUUUUCUAUCUAUCUAUCUCUCUCAUCUAUCUAUCUAUCUAUCUAUCUAUCUAUUGA